UUCAUCAUUGUGCAACGAUUACAAAUAUACAUUUUCUGACCCGACCAACCCGACCCAAUCCGUCAAAUAUUCAUAGCAACUAUCCAAACAAAAUGAUAAGUUUCACAAAACUUUACCAUCUCUAAUCAAUUUGUCGGCUGAUUGAAAUCAAAGCUCCAUUUUCUAACCCGACCCGACAAAUCUCCAUUUCUUCACCCUCCCCAUAAUCAUACAUAUUUGCAUUUCACAUAUAUAUAAUAUAUUUAUAUAUAUAAUACCAGUUGCAUCCAAUGUGAACAGGAAAAAGUUGAGGAGGAUCCAUCACCAUUCUUGAAAAAAGUUUCAAGAGCCCAGGUGUGUGAAAGUUGUAGCUAAAAUCUUGAUGGUUGUAAUCGGAAUGUCCCAGAUGUUCUUCGCUUCACACAUAUACAAAAGCUCAUUUGUGUUGUAGUGGAAGAACAGCAGCAACUCACAGGUAUAUCUCUGCUUGGAGUUUGCAUUAAAAAAUGAAAGGUGGAAAUGGUGGUAGAUUUUUGUGUGGACAGUUCUCCUUUUUCCUGGCUGCUGUCUUAUUUACAACCAUAUUUCUUUGGUGCUGGGAGAAAAGUCCACUUCUUACUACCUUACUUUCAGCACAAGAUCAGUUCAUAAUGCAGUCCUCAGAGAUUUCAGUGGAUGAAUCUUCAGUAUCAUUGGGAUCAAACCAACAAAAAAUGGACGAGCAUUCAAAUUCACAAAUAGCAGAAGGCAGAACAGAGGAAAAUAGAUUGGAAAUAUCUGAUAGUUUUGUUGAGAAUGUCACAGUCAUGCCUUCCAAUAAAAGCAUAGAUGAUAAAAAAAUUAUGACUUCCCAAUUAGAGAGAGAAGCUUGCAAUUUUGCUAAAGGCAAGUGGAUUGCAGACAGAAGGCGACCAUUAUACUCUGGGUUUAAAUGUAAGCAAUGGUUAUCAGAUAUGUGGGCUUGUAGACUGACACAACGUACUGACUUUUCCUAUGAGGGAUAUCGUUGGCAACCAGAAAAUUGUGAGAUGCCAGACUUUAACGGUUCAGAAUUCUUGAGAAGAAUGCAGGACAAAACUAUUGCAUUUAUUGGAGAUUCACUUGGCAGGCAACAAUUCCAGUCUCUAAUGUGUAUGGCUGCCGGUGGUGAGGAGAUGCCGGAAGUUGAAAAUGUAGGAUGGAAGUAUGGCUUGGUUAAACCACGUGGAGCUGUACGUCCGGAUGGAUGGGCUUAUAGGUUCCCAAACACAAACACCACGAUUUUGUAUUACUGGUCGGCAAGUCUUUGUGGUAUAGAGCCCUUCAAUGUCACAGAUCCUGCCACAAAGUCCGCCAUGAACUUGGAUCAACCUCCUGGUUUUCUGAGGAAAUAUCUUGAUCUAUUUGAUGUUGUGGUGCUGAAUACAGGUCAUCACUGGAAUAGAGGGAAGCUUAACGCAAACCGAUGGGUGAUGCAUGUAGAUGGAAAGCCUGUUGUAGACAGGAAGCUUGCAGAAAUAGGAAAUGCUAAAAACUUCACGAUUUAUAGUAUUGCCAGAUGGCUUGAUUCCCAAAUCGCUGUACGUCCAAAGCUUAAGGGUUUCUUCCGGACCAUAUCACCGAGACAUUUCUCCAAUGGAGACUGGAAUACUGGAGGUCGAUGUGACAAUACUAUUCCACUUACUAAAGGAAAUGAAGUCCAGCAAGAGGAAUCAAGUGAUCCAGUUAUCGGAGAUGCUGUGAAGGGCACGAAGGUUAAGUUAUUGGACAUAACAGCUAUUUCUGAACUGAGGGAUGAGGGUCAUAUAUCUCAUUACAGUUUAAAAGCAUCAAAAGGUAUAAACGACUGCUUGCAUUGGUGCCUACCCGGCAUCCCUGACACGUGGAAUGAACUCCUGUAUGCACAACUAUAGUGCCUAUCGAAUCUGCUGGAAAAAACAUGAAGCUCAUCCAACUUGACCAAUGUUGAUGACCUGUCACUCACGUUUGGUCCAAUUGAGCUUGCUUGCUUGUGUAUUCUAUUGUAUUCUUUUUGUAAGUAGAGUCAUUCAUAUACAAGGGAAGAGAAGCAGCUAUUCCCAAUUCAAAUCAGACACAAAAGCAAGAUGCAAAUGCAAUGCAUUAUAUGGGCUAAAAUGCUUCAUCUGCAUAGGAUACUGAAGCUGCUGCAGUACUUGAACAACAUCCAUGAAUUUUUGGUUUAUUCUUCUAUGGGCUUAUUCAUCAGUAUAUUAGGGAUUGUUAGUUUGAAACUCUGCAAGUUUGUCCAUAAAUAUUUUUAUUUAUACCAAUUGCACAUACUCCAUUAAGAUUCAUUAUUGUAACAACAUUAUUAUCAUUCAUCAAAAGAUAUUUAUGGUAUGUUGCUGGAGCAUUUUUGGUUGGGCAUCCA